AGAGAGAGAGAGAGAGAGAGAGAGAGACAUAUAUAUCCAAAGACAGAAAGAAAGAGAGGGACUGAGACAGUGGAGUGUCUGUGGAAGGAAUAAAAGGUCAGAGUGGAAGGGUAGGCGGAAAAAAAGUUACAACAAAGUGGAGCCCCAGGGAAUAAAGCAGACAGGCAGAUAAAUAGAGAUGAAGAGGCAGAGGUUCUGACAGGACAGAUUUACUGUGUGGACAUCCUGAGAGGGAGGAAAGGCAGUAAAAGAAGACAGGAAUAUUUAAAAGAGAGGAAACCAUUCAUCACAGCUGUCUCGUAAGACAUCAGAGGACAGAGAUCCUGCAGGUGUAGUUGCAGACAGGUGGACAUUCAGACAUGCUGCUUGUGAUUCUCCUUUUCUCCAUGGCUGGAGGAGAUUGGGGGUCCCAUCCUGGAGUGUGGGGGUACAAGCAAAUCCAGGACAGACAGGAGCCAGUGGUGGCGCUCUGCCCGUCCCCGUGCCAAUGUGAAGAAGAUGGCAUCUUCAUGACGGUGGACUGUUCGGAGAUGGGACUACCUUCUGUGCCGCUCAACCUCAGCCCUCUCACCACAUACCUGGAUCUGAGCAUGAACAACAUAAGCGAGAUCCAGCCCAGGGCCUUCCACCGACUGCACCUGUUAUCAGAACUGCGUAUCUCAGGGAAUCAGCUGAAGUAUAUCUCAGGCCAAGCUCUCCAAGGUCUACACAACCUCAAAGUUCUGAUGCUACAAAACAACCAGCUGGAGAGACUUCCUGAUGAUGCUCCGUGGGACCUACCCAACCUGUUGUCUUUGCGCCUCGAUGCUAACCUCUUGUCUGAGGUUCCGGCUGAAGCUUUCAGAGGUGUUCGUUCUUUGAGACACCUGUGGUUGGAUGACAACUCCCUGACGGAGAUCCCCGUGAUGGCCUUGGACUCUUUGCCCUCCCUGCAGGCAAUGACAUUGGCGCUCAACCAGAUCACACACAUCCCAGACUACGCAUUUACCAACCUUUCUGCCCUUGUUGUCCUGCAUCUCCAUAACAACCACAUACAGAGCAUGAGCUCAAGAUGUUUUGAAGGUCUACAAAGUCUGGAGACGCUAGAUUUAAACUACAAUGAUCUGCAAGAGUUCCCUGUGGCAAUCAGGACACUGAGUAAACUUCAGGAACUGGGCUUCCAUAACAACAAUAUCAAAGCCAUCCCUGAGAGAGCCUUUGUGGGAAACCCUCAGCUCCAAACCAUUCAUUUCUACGAGAACCCUAUCCAGUUUGUAGGGAAAUCCGCUUUCCAGUUCCUACCGAAGUUGCACACGCUUUCCUUGAAUGGGGCAACCCAAAUCCAAGAGUUUCCGGAUCUGAAAGGAACAACCAGCUUGGAAAUUUUGACACUGACUCGAGCCGGUCUCUCAGCUCUCCCUCCAGGUCUAUGUGAGCAGCUGCCUCGCCUCAGAGUACUGGAGCUGUCCAACAACCAGAUAGAGGAUCUUCCCAGCUUUUAUCGCUGUUCUGCCCUGCAAGAAAUUGGAUUACAGCAUAACCAGAUUAGAAGAAUAGAAUCGAGCACCUUCAAGCAGCUCACCUCUCUCAGAGCACUUGAUCUGAGCUGGAACAUGAUCGAGUGGAUCCACCCAGAUGCCUUUGCUUCGCUUCACUCUUUGAUCAAACUGGAUCUUACUGAGAACCGUCUCAGCUCUUUGCCAGUUGCUGGUUUGGUAGGACUCACCCAUCUCAAACUGAGAGGGAACAAAGAAUUAUAUGAGGCCUUCAGUACGGACCACUUCCCCCACAUGAGGGUGAUAGAGAUGCCCUUUGCCUACCAGUGCUGUAUUUAUGCAUCCUGCGACAGCUACAAGCAAACUACGCAGUGGGACACAGACCUGAGCAUCCCUCAUGAUGACCUACACAAGAGGACUGUGGCCAUGUACCCCAUCCACGGUGACAGUAACUAUGACCCUGACUUGGAGGAGUUCCAGCUAGAAAUAGAGGAAUCCAAAACGCUGACCAGUGUCCAAUGCACACCCAUACCUGGUCCUUUCCGUCCAUGUGACUCACUAUUAGGCAGCUGGAUAGUCCGAGUAGGAUUGUGGACCAUCUCCUUAGUGUCUCUGCUGGGGAACUUGAUCCUGUUCCUGUCCCUCUUUGGAUCAUCUGGCUACUUGUCGCCACUUCGUUUUAAUGUGGCUUGCAUGGGUGCUACCAAUCUGUUAACAGGAGUGUGUACGUGCACCCUGGUACUUGUGGAUGCUUUUACAAUGGGAGACUUUAGUCUUUACGGUGCUCGCUGGGAGGGGGGACCUGGUUGCCAGGCGACAGGUUGGGUCUGGGUGUUUGCGUCAGAGGCAAGUGUGUUGCUACUGACUCUCGCAGCCGUGCAGUGUGGCAUAAGUGUGACAUGUGCCCGUGCCUAUGGGAAAUCAUCAUCCUUUGGGAGUGUUCGCACAUGUGCAUUUUUUUGCCUCAUCCUGUCACUCACUCUUGCUUCUCUUCCACUGUUAGGUGUGGGAGAAUAUGGGUCUUCCCCCUUUUGCCUUCCUUCCCCCCUGCCUACCCCAUCUCCUCGCUUGCCAUUCUCCCUAGCCUUUCCUUUGGCACUCAUUAUGAUGAACACACUGUGCUUGCUAAUAGUCACAGGAUCAUACAUCCGCCUUUACUGGGAGUUACUUAGAGGGGAGUGUGAGGGCUUGUGGGACUGUGCAAUGAUCAAACAUGUUGCUUGGUUAAUUUUCACUAAUGGACUCCUCUAUGUACCCGUAGCUUUCCUCUCCCUUUGCUCCCUUUUGGGGCUUCUCUCUUUGGGGGAGGAAGUCCUGAAAUCUGUUCUUCUGCUACUGCAGCCAUUGCCUUCCUGCCUCAACCCUCUGCUCUUCCUUCUUUUCACAAGAGACCACUCCCAGUUCUUCUGGUCUCGUCCAAAAGCGCACCCACAGCUGCGUCGAGACCGCACCUUGGACUCGUUGGUUUCUGUGGGGACAGAGAGGAGCUCCUGCUCAGAUUCGUCAACUCAGGUGUCACUGACCGAUGCUGAUACCAUACACAGCGUGGGGUCUUCCACCAAACCCAGACUGGAUCCAAUCAGAUUUUCCAACUACUCUUCUACUUCAUCUGUUCCACUCAUCCCGUGUCAAGUGCCCACUCUCACAGCCAAAGAAAGGGAGAAAGUCUGAGCAAAAAACAAAAUGCAGCAAAAUCUGGAUCAAGAAGCGAUUGGUAACACCUUCCUCUGUUUUCUGCUACCAUGAGUUCUCGAGACAGCUGUCAACAAAAUAUGGGAAACAAUGAACAUUCAAGGACCUUUUUCAUCAUCAGGAUCUAUUCUGAACUAUCGGACUAUAAGCUUCUUAAAACUAGAAAACCGGAGCUGUUGAGAACCGAUGAGAUGUUGAUGAGCAAAGAGCCUCUCCAAAUAGAGCGGGACUCAAAGCUGCUUCCAUAAGAAAAGACUUUUCCUUGAGGAAAUGCCAUUACUGAUGAAAGGACAGUUACUGAGACACACAAGUGGACUUAGUCAUUUACGAUGCUAACUUUAAAUAAAAACUGUUAAUUCUUCAGAAAGAUUAAUCAUUACAAAAAUCAAUGGCUGACCCGUAGAAAAUAUGUGUUUAUAUUGAAAUGUGGUGAGAAAAUCGACUUAUAAUGAACUUGUUUAAUGUUUUAAAUGGACUUUUUAAUAAGUUCUUCUUGCUGAGUUCUAUUUCCAAAAGGGGAAUCUUUGUCAAACACGCCUGAUCAUUUUACCAGCGUAAGCUGGAAGUGUUUUCUACAGCAACAUUGUGCGAUAAAGAACUUUACAAAUGUCCGAUACAACAGCUAUUAGAUAAGUGUUCUGUAGGGGCAACAUAAUGCAGCAGAAGCGAAUUUCACAUGGUUUUGUAUGGUUUGCAUGUCCCUGUCUCAAAUAUUUACCUCUGCUCUACAGGUGUAAUGCAGUCAUGAAUGCAAUGGUACAUAGCUAUAUUUCUGCUGACUUUGGAGUAGGAUAGCAAUCGGCAUUUAUAAAUAUAUAAACAAUGUAACUACCUCUGAACUACGGUAUUGACAAACUACAGCCUCAUGAUAUUUGUCUCCUUUUUUAUAAACAAUUAUAUUAUUUUAUAUAUUAAGAAAUAAAAUCUUUUAGUUUGUAAAAACAAAAAUGUGUACUAGUUAGGUUGUACAUACUUAAUAAACUACUGUUAAGCAUA